GCACUUAUAACUAUCUGUACUGACCGUAGUCCUCUCACCAAUUACGAUCAUACCAAUACAUCGGUUUCAUCAAAAUGACUACUCCGCAAUCCACAGAAACCAAUACCGAUUCCACCCACACAACAUCUACCACAACCACAACCGACAUCUACAACCUCAUAUCGACGUAUGAUUUCUCCUCAGAUCUAGAAUUCCGCAAAGGCCUAGGCACAAUCCUGGGCCAUCCGGCGCAACCAGCUUCAGAUGCGGAGGUUGUCAGUGGUGAUGAUGUUGUGUUCCAGGCAAAAUGUUACUAUAUUUCCAGAAAACGGAAUAUAAACCCAUCUAUAGAUUUCAAGAGCUAUAAGAAUUGGCUUGUAGAGCAUGGGGUCAACUUGGAAGCUGCUACAACAAACCCACCGGUCCAAAACAACGAAAAAUGCGAUGCCGAAGAUUCCAAUGCAGCAAUAGCAACCACAUCAACACAAUCGAUAUUAGCACCCUCCUCUCAAGAAGAGAAGAAAAAGAGCAAGAAUGGUGAACCAGCUUAUCCAUCUUCUUUUGCUCACAUCGUGGAAUUAAUUACCAAUAAUCAACCCAUACCUGGAAUCGAGGAUAUUCCAGACACGGUCUUGUCUGGACACGACGAACCUAGUAAAGCGGCAAAGAGGCGGAAGCCUUGGGAAAAGAAUGUUGAUGUCGAGACUGUUGGUGGUGAAAAUCAGGUCUAA